UAACCCCACAAAGGCAUGCAACUUGUUGCAAGGCCAGGGGCUCCGAUCUCCGGGGGCAUUUCAAGAACACCCGUGAGACAGCGCAGGCGAUCAAAAUGAUGGAGUUGAAGAAGGCGAAGAGAUACCUUGAGGAUGUCAUCGCCCACAAGCAAGCCGUUCCAUUCCCCUGGUUUUGAGGUGGUGUUGGCCGCACCACUCAGCCGAAGAACAAGGGUGAGACCGAUGGGCAGGCUCGAUGGCCCGCGAACCACACGAGGAGGGGGGAAGAGAGGGGAGGAGUGGGGAGCAGGAGAAAGGUCAGAAGAGCCAGGAAAGUCAGGAGAUUGUGAUGACGGAGAGCCAGGGGGAACACGACGAGGGGAGAGGAAACAGGAGGGAGGGGCAGAAGGGUCAGGGGACGGCGACGACCGGAACCCAGAAGGAACAUCAGGAACUCUCUGGUGAGAAGGAUGGGGGUGGGGGGGACCUGUCGGCGACCCCAAAGGCGGAAAAUAGGCCGCUGCAGCAGGCACACCAGGGCGAGGCCGGACCGACCGGACCCAAGUGCACAGCAACCACAGGACGUAGACAGCCCAUCAACACAAUCAGUACAGCCAGCACAGCCACAGCAACGGGUAGGGCAGCACGAUGCACAGAAAUCGCAGGCGGAACACAAACGCCAAGGGUCGGAUUUUUUUCCCGAUGCCUUUGGGGUCCGGUCAAUGGACAUUGACAUGUCCCCCCCUCCUCCAGAUGUUGAAAUGGUGGACAGCCAAACAGACCCGGACGCCCCCCCGCCAGGAAAUGGACUUGGAUCAGAAGAUCCAAAUAAUCACAGAAUGAAUCAUCAAACACCUU